GUGGAGAUAAAAUUGGUAAGGUAAAAGUAACACUAAUUAAGUCGGGGAUCUUUUGGACAACCCCAGACACUGGCCUCAGAUUCUUCUGUGAAGGGUCUCCAUUCUCCCACGUCCCACGGGAGCCCGGAAUGAGUGGAAUGAGUCUUGGGGACCUCCGCUAAUAGGCUCCGAACCCUGGCGACGCUUGGACUUCCUGUCGCUCCUAGCUGUUCCCACCCGGCGCGCAUCCAGGUGCUCUUGGCUGGUGAUUCAGUGUCUGUGUCCCAGCUGACCUCAGCCUGAGCCUGGGGGCUGGGGGAACAUGGUAGUUUCUUGUGAUACUGUCGGGUGACUCAGGGGCCCAGGACUGGGGCCUCAGAACGCCUUUGUUGGCCCAGGUUCAGGAAUCCAGAGAAACUGGUCGCGAGGGAGGCCUUUGGGGACUGAAACCCCUCCCUCUGCCUCCGCCCCUCCUCCACAGUGUUUUAACUGCGGCACCUGCAGCCUCAGGUCCUGGUCGCAGGUGCCGGGCGGGCGGGAAAGAGCUUCAGUGUUCGCGCUUGGUAGCUUGUGUUCGGGUCUCAGCACCUCCGGCUGGCUUUGUGUUCCCGGGACUCACCGGAAAAAGGCUUUCUCAGCCCUGGGAUUCCAGAGAGAGAGAGAACUUUUUGUGAUCACCGACCUCGACCCCUGCAGAGGCUGAGCGAUGGCGUCCAUGGGGCUGCAGGUGCUGGGGAUCUCCUUGGCGGUGCUGGGCUGGCUGGGAGUCAUCCUGAGUUGUGCGCUGCCCAUGUGGCGGGUGACCGCUUUCAUCGGCAGCAACAUCGUCACGGCGCAGACCAGCUGGGAGGGCCUGUGGAUGAACUGCGUGGUGCAGAGCACCGGCCAGAUGCAGUGCAAGAUGUACGACUCCAUGCUGGCCCUGCCGCAGGACCUGCAGGCCGCCCGAGCCCUUAUGGUGGUUAGCAUCAUCGUGGGAGCUCUGGGGAUGCUCCUCUCCGUGGUCGGGGGCAAGUGCACCAACUGUAUGGAGGACGAGACCGUCAAGGCCAAGAUCAUGAUCACCGCCGGAGCCGUGUUCGUCGUGGCGAGUAUGUUGAUCAUGGUACCCGUAUCCUGGACCGCUCACAACGUCAUCCGCGACUUCUACAACCCUCUGGUGGCUUCCGGGCAGAAGAGGGAGAUGGGGGCCUCGCUUUACAUCGGCUGGGCGGCCUCUGGGCUGCUGCUCCUGGGAGGAGGUCUCCUCUGCUGCAGUUGCCCACCUCGCAGCAACGACAAGCCCUACUCGGCCAAGUACUCCGCCGCCCGCUCUGUCCCCGCCAGCAACUAUGUGUAAGGUGGGCCGCUCUAUGGCCACGUUGCCUUUGUUAUUUUUCUUGGAUUGAGCUCAUAACAGCCUGUGGCCCCUCAGAUUCUCCAGGACCUGCCCUGCUGCUUGCUGGGGACGGGCAAACCCGGACUGUGCCAAGUUACUAGCCCGUAGCUCUUGGGGACCCACCUGCCCCACUCGGACACGAUCUCAAGGCUCCUUACAACGGGCAAGGAUGGAUGUAAAAGUAUUUCCUUGCUGCUUACAUCCAAACUGCUCCUGGCUACGGGGCUGAAGGCAGACGCAGCUGGGAACAGCAGUGGAGGCGGGAGCUGGGUCCUGCUGGCCGGGGUAGCUCAGCUGUGACUUUGGACUCCGGAGUGGAUGUCCUGCUCUGUCCCCCACUCAGCCUACACGUUACUCCAGCGCUACUCUUGCCAUGACGCCCCGCGAUUCCGAGCACUCCUGGUCCUACCUGGAGUCUUGGGGUGCUGAGUGACUGAGUGUGACUGGGGGACCAUGGAGAGCCGGUGGGUUCUGCUAUGGAAUCCUCCCAGUGAUUAGCAAUGACUGAGGCCUUAGCCACCCACACACCGCCGUAAUGAAGUUCUGUGCAGUGGAUGGACGGGUUUGAGGCAAGAAGGGUGGAGGUGGGUUAAACUGGUUUGGGGAGUGCUGGGCCUGGGGACCUAGAAGCAGCCCAGGGUGUCCCCACCCCUUUCCCUUACUGUCUGGCUAAAUGCUCUGAUCUCUUCACCCGCUCCGAAGGACCCUGAGCCUCUCGAGGGGGCCUCCUCUGAAUUCCUGCCCCUUGUCCAUUUCAAGGACACCGGCCAGUCUGCGGAAGGUCCCGGGGUGAUGGCAUUGCACCGGGGAGUCUCCUGGACUCCCUGCCCUCUCUGUGGUUUCUUGUUUUGUAAUUUAAGGUCUGUUCACAGCUGUAAUUAUUAUUUUCUACAAUAAAUGGCACCUGCAU